AUGUCACAGGUUUUGUUACCUGUUUUAUUGUCCGGGAUCCUCACAAUUUUAGCGACAACGGAAGGUAAUGAACAAGAUUUUGGCCCGUGGUCUCGUUGGUCAGCGUGCAGUCAAUACUGCGGACGAGAGGGAAUGCGGUAUCGCGUUCGUUUAUGUAUUCGUGAUGGCGACUGCCGAGGACAAACCAUUGAGAUGUCAACUUGCAAUAAAACCAAGUGCUAUGUUAGCUGUAAGCAGUAUUUUGAGGAUGGUUUUGAACGUGAUGGAGUCUACCGGCUGUAUUUGGAUGGACCCUGCAAGGAGCCGGUCACAACAAUUUGUGAUCAAUCCAGAAGGUUUGGCGGGGGUUGGACUUUAUUGAUACAAGCGCUUACCAACAAGGGAUGGAAUAAAAGAACAGUCCUCCAACGAAAUGCAUAUGCAAAGGCCAGUAGACUCAGAUGGGCUGACUUUUCCAUAUUAGGAAAGGCUGACGUCAUCAAGCAUGAUUCGACCAAUAAUAGCCCGUUUCUGUAUCGUAUCGAUGCAAAUCAGCCUGGAAGCUGGGGUGGAGUUUGGCAAGCUCCGAAUCACUACACCUUCACUGGAAACUUCCCCAAUCAAACAGACGUCAUGAUGGUGAAACGAUUUAAUGAAUGGUCUAGUGGAGAAUUUGCAAUAAGUAACCGAAUGCCUUGGCUGCCCAAGCGAAAUAAAUUGGCGUUGCUUACUACAAGUGACUCGUUUGUUGUUCAUAUACCCUGGGGGACUUUUGUAGCACAACAAAAGUGGCCUUUUCUUUCUUCUCCCUGGAUUUAUGGCAAAAUGGCCUUUCCCAGAAGAAAGUGGUACUGGCUGAAGGAGCUAAGACAAGGCAGGUUUAGUGUUUAA